UCUUGCACGACUGACGCUCUUCUUGUCUAUAAUUUCGAGGCAUAGAUCGUAUUUAUGGGUGAGGUUUUCCUGGUGGAUUGAUUAUGUAUACGACGUUUUGAGAUGGAUACGUGGUCUAGCUUGUGUCGUUGCUGCCUGUCGCCAGAAUCUGAAGUGUCACUCUUCGAUAAUGAGAAAAACGUGAAAGAGAAAUUUUUGGAAAUCACUACUAUCGAGGUGGACACGGAUGACGGCCUGCCUCAAAAGCUGUGCAGCCAGUGUUAUGAGACCCUCAGCUCUGCCUACCAGUUUCGAAAGCAAUGCAUCAGGAUGGAGUCCGAACUCAAACUACAACUAGAAGCCCUACUCAACCAAGCCGAACAAGAAAGCCAAGAAAUUGACAAGGCAGAAGCCAUCGAACAAGAGGAUGACAUAGCUAACAACCCUGAAAAACAACUAGAGGCCAUUAUCAAAAAGGAACCUACUGACAGUGAUGAUGACUAUUACUAUGUACUUGUCAUUGAUGAUCCUAAAGAUAAAGAUCAAAAUGAAAGUGAAGAGACCGCUAUUGCUAAUAUCAAACAGGAGCUCAUGGAACAUGCGGAGGUUAUAGAAGAAGUUAAAAAUGAGGAGACCAUAAGUGAGCAGCAGUUUGAAAUGAACCACUUUCUCAUUUCAGACACCAAAGUCCCUACCAAUGUGCCAGCUACUAUACUUGAAAAUGAGGAGGAGAGUCAAGAAAAUGAACAAGUUCAGUUCGAAAAUGCUGCAGAAGAUGAAAACCAAGAGGAAACUCAGGAAGAGCAUGAUUUCACCAUGAUGGAUGCAGAUGUCGAAGACUCUCAAGACAAUGUUACAGACUUAGUAGAUGCUAUCACUGGGGAAAUUGGCGGUGGACUUACUAAAAAUAUUGGUAAGAACAGCUACAUCAAAAUCAUUGCUGCCAGCAACAGUGACGGAACCAUCCUACUCAAAGAUAAUGUGGCAUUUCUAACUGAAUCACAGUUGGAUGGAACUGAAGAUGUAGAAGCCAUGUCUCAAGAAGAGGAAGUGAUUUUCUGCGAAGGUGAUGAAUCCUCGCAAUUCCAAAUACUGAAGUGUGAGGGCUCUGAGCUAGUGAUAGAAUAUGCUGAUGAUGGCCAGAUAGCUACUGUGUUACAGCAAGAGGAUGGCAGCUUCCUCUGUGACUGCGGAGAACAAUUUGAAGAUUUAGCAGACUAUGAGAAACAUCAAUACACCCACACAGCUACUGAAGAGCAUAUCUGCAAUCUCUGUGGCAAAGGAUUUGAGUCUGCCGAGAUACUAACUGGCCACACUUUGCUUCACAAUGUCACAGGGUUACUUGUCAUGUGUCCAUUCUGUAAGCAACUUAUACGAAGAAAUGCUCUGACUCAACAUAUUAAAUAUGGACACAAUAACAUCAAGCCGCGAUGCAAUGUCUGCUUAAAAACAUUUGCCAAUCCGAACAAUUUAAAAAGACAUAUGAUGAUCCAUAGUGGUAUAAGACAAUUUGAAUGUGAUAUCUGCUUUAAAAGGUUCCAUCAAAAAAUAACCAUGCAGACACACAGAUUGACUCAUAUCAACCCCUUUGCUUGUAAUGAAUGUGAAGAAACUUUCCCAAGCAAAUCAGAGCUGGCAGCUCACAAAGAAUCUAAUGAAUGCACAAAAUCCAAAGUGAAAAAGGUCCGGGAUGAAUUAAUGAAAACAGCAAAACAUGAGAUCACUACUAAUCUAGGCAAAUUGCUUGGCUACGCUUGUGCCUUGUGUAAGAAGAUGUUUUCUGUAGAAUCGGCCUUAGAGCAACACAUUGAUAGUGUACAUUUGGUAGACCCAAAUGAGCUGUUAUGCUCAGAGUGUGGUGAAGUCCUUACAUCUAAAAAAGACUUGCAAAGCCACAUACUGACUCAUAAAACAAUGAAGCUUAAAAAUUCAAAGAGAUUUGAAUGUGGGAUCUGUGGGAAGAGCUGUGCGAGUCAAGCGAUGUUGGUAAUGCAUGAACGAGUGCACACAAAUGAGCGACCGUUUCCCUGUCACCUCUGUUCGCUCCGAUUCAAAACCAAAACGCAUUUAAGAACACAUCAACUCACUCAUACUAGAGAAAAAAAGUUUGGUUGUUCCGUUUGCAUGAAAUUCUUUGCGCUCAAAGGGAAUUUAGUGGUGCAUCUCAGAACACAUACUGGGGAGCGGCCUUACAUUUGCACUUUGUGUGGGGAAGCCUUUAUUGAUUCUAAAUAUUUGAAGAAGCAUAAGUUAAAGAAGCAUGCGAUACAAAAUGUUCCCUGGAACAAGUACUGAUUUGUAACUUAGCAAUUAUAUGUGUAUUUCUUGUAAAGAAUAACAGUUAGUAGGAAUUUUUCCUUAAUAUAAUUGAUAGUGGGAACCAUCUCCCAAAGAAUUAACCAUAGCUAUAGAAAGCUUGUCAAAAUAAUUUUAAGAUCUGCAAGAACAUUGUGUGUAUAUUUUUUUAGUUUUCUACAGUUUAAGUUACCAUGUUUUGCUUUUUCUACAUACAUAUCAUACUUGGAUAGUAUUUUAGUUUGUUUUUGUAAACUCAAAGAUAUGAUUUAGUUUGUUGUGCAGAAAAAUCUAUGCGUAAAAUAAUGCGACAGGUCCACCAUUUUUCACUAUUUCUUGUCAAUCAGUAAUUUUCUAAAAAUCUGUCAAAAGAAAAAGUCCUGUGUAACAUAAAAUAUGUGUAAGCUUCAUUGCCAAAAAAAUAUUUUUUUAUGUAUUGGGGACAAAAACUAUAGAAAUGAGGUUGCAAAAUUAAUUUCAGUUUCUGAAUUGUAUCUUGAUCGUGCAUGUAAUGUUUUAAACAUUCAACAUACUUAGGUAUUUCAAAUACGCAUUUCUAACAAUAUUAUUUAUUACCGUGAGAAAGUAUCAAAUAUGACAAUAUGUUAAUAGGCUAUUGUAAGAUCGGAGUUUUUGUUUCACUUUUUUUAGUCUGAAAUAAAUUAUUU